AUGGCCAGGCAGAUAGGGGCAAGAGCCGUGGCAAGGCAAAAAGGCCCCCAGAGCGGUAGCAAGGCAGAGUGGGUGCAGACCGGUAGCAAGGCAGUUGGGGGUCAGAGGGGUAGCAAGGCAGAUAGGAGUGAGAGAGGUAGCAAAAAGGAUGGGGGCCAGAGGGGUAGCAAGGCAGAUGAGGGCGAGAGCGGUAGCAAUGUAGAUGAGGGCGAGAGCCGUGGCAAGGUACAGGACAAAAAAAAAAUCAGAAUAUAUAGCAGUGGACACCAGUAUUGA